AAAAUCAAGGAAAAUCCAGUGGGGAGGGAGAGAGAGGAAGCAAGCGAGAAGGUCAAGCCGCGAAGAGAACAGAGGCACGGCACAGAUCCCUCUCCUCUCUCCCUCUCUCUCCUCGACCCUUCCGACGCGGCAAAGCCAAAACACCGGGAGGAGAGGGAGAGAGAAAGAGGGAGCAGGAGGAGCCCGAAAUCCGAACCCCAACCCCGAAUCCUGGUACAAUCUCUCAAUCAGGGGAGCCUCGGGGUCUGAUCGGGUCGGAGGAUUCGGGGGCGCAGCCAUGAACGAGAAGGCGUCCGUAUCCAAGGAGCUCAACGCCAAGCACAAGAAGAUAUUAGAAGGUCUUCUUCGGCUGCCUGAGAACAGAGAAUGCGCGGACUGCAAGUCAAAGGGUCCUCGAUGGGCAAGUGUGAAUCUAGGGAUCUUUAUAUGCAUGACAUGUUCUGGAAUUCAUAGAAGCCUUGGGGUGCACAUAUCUAAGGUAAGAUCUGCCACCCUGGAUACAUGGCUGCCAGAGCAAGUUGCAUUUAUUCAAUCAAUGGGAAAUGAAAAGGCAAACAGCUACUGGGAAGCAGAGCUGCCUCCUAACUAUGAUAGGGUUGGAAUAGAGAAUUUCAUCCGUGCAAAAUACGAGGACAAGAGAUGGGUACCGAGGAAUGGAACGUCACGACCUUCCUCUGGUGCUCGAGAUGAGAAGAGCCAAGAGUCUCCGGCUAGUGCUAACAGGAGUGGAUAUGGUCACAGAUCUUCAUUUGAGCAAAACCGUGCUUCACUAGCUCCAAGCAAAAUUGCACCUGCAGCUUCAAGGAUACCCUCUCAGGCAUCACCUCCAAAAGUAGAACCACCAGUUCCUAAGGUGGUUUCACCUCCUCAGCCACAGAAAUCUCCUGCCAAAGUUGACGCAACACCCUCUAAAGUUGAGAAGCCAUCGGUUGCACCACCUCCUAAAGUUGAUUAUGCCACUGAUCUCUUUAACAUGUUAUCUAUGGAUGGAACAACAGAGAAAGAGUCAGAGUCAUCUUCAAACGAUGAUAAUGCCUGGGAUGGGUUCCAGUCUGCACAACCAGUACCUAGCUCAGAGAAAAAGGAUUCUGCCAAACCAGCAGAAAGUAAGCCCCAGUCCACAUCAGGAAUAGAAGACUUAUUUAAAGACUCACCAGCUGUGUCAGUAUCCUCAGCUCCAGCUGUUUCCCAAGCAAAUGCGAAGAAUGAUAUCAUGAGUUUGUUCGAGAAGUCCAAUAUGGUAUCACCAUUCGCUCUCCACCAGCAGCAGCUGGCAUUGAUGUCCCAGCAGCAAGCUCUUCUAGCUGCUCUUAAAGCUGGAAAUGCACCCCAAAUGGUUCCGGGGAAUGCCAAUCAGCUAAAUGCUAAUGGUUCUAAUCCCCCUCUUGGAACCUUGCCUUUUCAAAACUGGACAAAUCUUGGUUAUCAAAACCCUGGGUUGACUCCAGCAGCAGCACCAGCAGCACAGGAUGGUGCCGCUAAGGUUGCGAACAACAAUCAGGACUUCUCUUCUGGGAGCUUCGGUUUUGGUACACCUGGGCUGUACAACAUUAGUUCAGCUGUCCCAGCAAAUGGGGCCGCGGCUGCAGGUGCUAGCAACAAUGGCACUGGAUCCACUGCCUCAUCUACUCUCCCCUCACAAUCUGGCAAAGAUUACGACUUUUCCUCAUUAACUCAAGGAUUUUUCUCCAAACGAUGAGCACCUUGUGAGCUUGGAAACCGAACAGACCAGUGUGUAAUGUUGGACGGGGCAUAUUGAUGUAGGGAGCACAAGGGGCUUGUGCACAAUUAUUUGAGGCAGCUUUUCUUCUGGUGGAUACAUAGUUACAUGACUUUGUAGCUGUCGGACAAGUAAGAGGGAAAAUAUGUCGCUAGAUAGCUCAUGAUGUUUCUACAAUUGAAGAGUUCGUUGUCAGUUAUGCUUCCUGCUUUUACUCGAGGAUUACGCCUUGUCAGUUAUAGAAGUAUAAUGCAGCCUUUCCAUUGUCUUGGUCGUGACUUAGCUGCAAUGCCGAUACUGAUUACAGAUUAUUUUGUAUUGUACAAGACAAUUGGAUUUUAUUUGUUUUCACAUUUGUGUACUGUUGUGAGACUGAAGUGGCCUCAUCAAGGCAUUGAACCACACUUUCAAGCA